UGAGAAGUUAUUGACUAUUAUUGCUCAUUCGAAAAGCGCACCUCACGCGUGUUCAUGUAUAGUGCUUUUGUGUGAAAAUAAUACAUUUUAAUUCUAAAGGUUUUAAGUGCUUUUAUAAUGAAUUUUCGCACUUUUGUUCUCAUUGUGGUUUUUGCUCUUUUUGGAAAAUCUAAAUCAGAGAAUGAUGCAAAGAUCGAUCCGCGUAUUAUAAAUGGCGUAGAGGCUCCCGUGGGGAGAACAAAAUUUCAAGUUUCCAUACGACUAAAGGCACAUGAUCGAGUUUUCGGAAGCGGCCAUAUUUGCGGAGGUUCGCUCAUUGGACCGAAUAAAGUGCUGACAGCCGCACAUUGUCUCUACAAUUCAGAUAGAAAGCGUUACCGCAAGGCGAGCGAAUUUAUUGUUGUAAUGGGCACACAGAAUCGCUACACACGUGUCAAUGGUACUAUUGUCUCAGGCGUCAGCUCGAUUGCCUAUAUGAACUCCUUUAGUUUGGAUACUAUGCGUGAUGAUGUUGGCGUAAUGUUUCUGCAGACUGGUUUGCCAGUAAACAAAACACAUCUAACAGUUGCGCCGAUUGGGCUAAGUAAUUACUCGAUACCGGCGGGUACGCAAUGUCAAGUUUCAGGAUGGGGUAAAACUUCGCAGGGUGUCCUAUCCACAAAUCUGAUGAUGGCCAAUGUGAGCAUUAUACAGCAAACUAUUUGUAAGGUCUCCUACGGCAGUGGACUUCUCCAAGGUAUGCUGUGUGCCGGAGUCUUGCUAGGCGGCACGGAUUCUUGUCAGGGUGAUUCGGGUGGUCCGCUUAUAUGCAACAACGAACUGGUCGGUAUUGUGUCUUGGGGCACUGGUUGUGCGCAACCUGGUUUUCCUGGUGUCUAUACUAAUGUUACCUACUACCGGAAUUGGAUAGAGAGCCGGAGUGCUGCAACGAUAGUGGGGCUAAAAAUCAGUAUUUUAGCGUUAAGUGUUUCACUGGCGCUAAGUAAUUGCUUCAAAUAAAGUAAAUUAUUUAUUUAUUUACAUAAAUA